AUCUCUUUAAAGAAGUGGCGGGACCGACAGAAAUGUGUGACCAGCGGCAGCUGGGCCUGUUACUUCAUGAUGCCAUCCAGAUCCCGCGGCAGCUGGGGGAAGUCGCGGCUUUUGGAGGCAGUAAUAUUGAGCCUAGUGUUCGCAGCUGCUUCCAGCAGAAUAACAACAAGCCAGAGAUAAGUGUGAAAGAGUUUAUAGAUUGGAUGCAUUUGGAACCACAGUCCAUGGUUUGGCUGCCGGUUUUACAUCGAGUGGCAGCAGCUGAGACUGCAAAACAUCAGGCCAAAUGCAACAUCUGUAAAGAAUGUCCAAUUGUUGGAUUCAGUAAAACACAGAAACACAUGGUUCUGAUCAAGUUGGAGUUGCUGGCACCUGGGCUGGGUGUUAGUGGGGAGCAGGAUGGACUGCUGUGUGGGGAGAUGGCCAUAGCAGCAUUAGCCCUCUGGGUCCUUUUGGCAGUGGUGGCAACAACAUCUGGGGAAGAUGUACGAGACUUCACAAAGGUGUUGAAGAACAAGUUCAGGUCAAAGAAAUACUUUGCCAAACAUCCUCGGCUUGGCUACUUGCCUGUCCAGACAGUUCUUGAAGGUGACAACUUAGAGACUCCUAUCACACUCAUCAGUAUGUGGCCAGAGCACUAUGACCCCUCACAGUCUCCUCAGCUGUUUCAUGAUGACACCCACUCAAGAAUAGAACAAUAUGCCACACGACUGGCCCAGAUGGAAAGGACUAAUGGGUCUUUUCUCACUGAUAGCAGCUCUACCACGGGAAGUGUGGAAGACGAGCAUGCCCUCAUCCAGCAAUACUGCCAGACACUGGGAGGGGAGUCCCCGGUGAGCCAGCCACAGAGUCCAGCUCAGAUCCUGAAGUCAGUCGAAAGGGAAGAACGUGGAGAACUGGAGCGGAUCAUUGCUGACUUGGAGGAAGAGCAAAGAAACCUGCAGGUGGAAUAUGAGCAACUGAAGGAGCAGCACCUGAGAAGGGGGCUCCCUGUGGGUUCGCCUCCAGACUCCAUCGUGUCUCCUCAUCACACGUCAGAGGAUUCAGAACUUAUAGCAGAAGCAAAACUGCUCAGGCAGCACAAAGGUCGGCUGGAGGCUAGGAUGCAGAUUUUAGAAGAUCACAAUAAGCAGCUGGAAUCUCAGCUCCAUCGCCUUCGACAGCUGUUGGAGCAGCCUGAAUCUGAUCCCCGGAUCAAUGGCGUCUCCCCCUGGGUUUCACCUCAGCAUUCUGCACUGAGCUCCUCGCUGGAUCCGGACCCCGGUCCACAGCUCCACCAGGCAGGAGGAGAGGAUGUUCUGGCCCCGCCUCAUGACACCAACACGGAUCUCACGGAUGUCAUGGAGCAGAUCAACACCACGUUCCCAUCUUGCUGCCCAAAUGUCCCCAGCAGGCCACAGGCAAUGUGAAGUAUUCGUCCAGCCAACCAACAUUUCUUGACUACAGUCUUGCCCUUUUUAGCAACUGCCAGUUCCAAGUUCCAUUUAAUCAGAAGCUCCAUGGCUCCUUGACAUAUGCUGUUGAGUGCUGACUGUGUGUUCUACUGAAGGAGUAAAACACUGACUAUCCAAAGAAAAGGAUAUUUUGUUUUUAUAAUAACCAUAUGUUAUUGUUUUCUUCUUCCCUUUCUAUGCAACUGUAAAUUAAUGAGCAGAGAGGUAUUUGGAAAUGGUGAUACAUUUGACACUGAUUUGUA